AGCUGGCAGCUGUGGUAAACAAAGUGACGCUUCCGUCGACAGCACCCUCUCGAUUUUUCAAAUUCAGUUCAAUUACCGCAUCCACAAUCCAAGAAAUGGCAAAUAACACCCCUUGAUGCUUAAACGUUAAUAUGACAACCCCCGACCACUCAUCAGAGCUUCACAGAUACGAAAACUGGGGAACUAUCCACUACUGCAAUGAGUGCAAAUACUUCACAAAAUCACUCCUCGCCAUCAGAACUCACCUAAGUUACCACAGCUCCGACAAACCAAAACUUUUCGACUGCUCUGUAAGCACUCCAGAGAAAUUUUCCUGCAGUGAAUGCUCCUUCAGCACCCACUUCACCAUGGACUUCAACAAGCACGUGAAAAUCCACAAAGACAUAAAAACCAUCGACAAGGUUCUACAAUGGGCCGGACUACCAUUUCCAACCAAAGACAAACUCUUUCUGAAAAAGCAAGCCAAGAGCGAGGAUUCACAGAUUAAGUGGUUUCACUGUGACAAGUGUUCGUACAAGACGAGACAAGUGGGGCACUUGAAUAGACACGCAGCUGUGCAUUUAGAGGACCGAACGUGGUAUAAAUGCAAUAUGUGCACGUAUAAGUCGACUGAGAAGUUCACGCUGAUAAGUCACAUGAAUCUCCACAGCGGGAAGUUGUUUAGUUGUGACAAGUGUUGCUACAAGACUCCGUACAAGAAGAAUUUGAACAGACACAAGAACACCCACAUGGGGAUGAAAGAGAAGAAGGAAAAAGGAAGUUUCGUGUGUGAUUUGUGUUCACACAAAACUACUUCCAAAAAUGGGUUGAAGUACCAUAUGUUCCAUAAACACACGCCACCUGAGGAUAUGGUGUGGUUUCCUUGUGGGAAAUGUGAAUUUAAAACCAGAGACAGGAACGACUUAAAGAGACACAGCGCCGUACAUCUGGCAGAGGAAGACAAGUUUAAAUGUUCACUAUGUUCUUUCAAAACAAGACACAUAAAGUAUUUGAGAAAGCACAGGCUCCAGAAACACAGUUCCAGUGUGUUGUUAGAUUGAGUAUUUAGGGAUUUUGAUAUGUAUGGCUUGAAGAAUAUAAUUUAUUUUUCAAA